AUGAAUCCACCAUCGCCGCCACCGCCACCGCCACUACCGCCACCACCACUACAAAUGGCAUUAAGUUGGUUUGAUUGUUACCAUGAAGUAUCACAAAUAUCGCCAAAAUCUUCAGAUCAUCUGGGUCUGGUUAAUGUCCAUCCACUGUUAACGACCACUGCAGCCGAUAAAAUUAUUACGACAAGCAUGAAAGAUAUAUCACAAACGCAAGCUUUGGUCACAUCAACAAAACGGUUUGCUGAUAAUGAAACCCACACUCACACCCGCAUGCAACGUUCCGCCUUGCCGAUUGUCAAUGAAAAAUAUCCCAUUUCUGGUCAAAAUAACGUCCAAUUCCCCUUCGAAUCGGAAAAAGAAGCCGCUGCCGGUCGUUAUUUUCAAUAUAACAUAAAACCCACGAGCUCCAUGGAACAUGACAGCUCCAAAAUGGAAACAACCAAGGCCCUGGGACGUACUGGAAAAUCGGUUAAUGUCGCUACAGCAACUGCUGCCAGUAAUACCGGUUCUUUUUUAGUGAAUGGGGACCUUCGACAACCUAUGUCGGGGUCCCAAACACCGUCGGCCAACAACAGUUCUGCGACAUUAACAGCAGCUACUGCUACCGUAUCGCCGCAUAAUCCUCGUCAGAACCCCAAUCCCGAUAUCCAGGACAUUAUCACGGGCAUUGUCAAGCUGCUGAACGGCAAUGUUAAUGUACAUGCCAAUACCCAGGGUGUGCGUCGUCCUACUGCCAGUCGCAUUAAUAAUCGUGGUCCUCCUCGUAUUUCGGAUGUCCAACCUCUGCCCAUAGACUAUGAUAAUGGUCACAAGACCCAAGGAACCUCUUCCAUGAGACCGCCUCCCUAUCCCUUUGAUCGCCCAGAAAGACCAUUCAUAACUGGUGUGCCAAUACCUGAACAAAUUGUCCCCGUACGUCCGGAAUUUGUAAGCAAUCGUCCACCAUGGCAUCGCAAUAAGCCACGACCUCCUAUUACCACCUCUAUUGGAGGACGUCGCCCAAUUCCUCAAUAUAAACCUUUACCACCAGCCCAGAUACAACCUCCACAAGGAGAAGAGGACGAAUCUGCAGCUAGUGGUGUUCCCAGCACCCAGUCAUCCGGACCCAUCGAUACACCAACUGGUGAUUCGAACAAUAACGAAGCCCCUGAGGGUCCCUCUCCUACAGAUACUUCAUAUGAUUCCGAAUUUUCGAAUGAGGAUUUGAAUUCUCAAUACAUUGAGGUAUCCGAUAAUGACACCGAUAUCCUUUCAUCAAAUCGAGAUGUCAUUCAAGAAUAUAAACCCCCAGUACCCGCUACAAGUUCCACACCCGCUCCGUUGGCAGCACCUACACAUCCAACUACGCAAACCAAAAAAGACGAUCAAAAUCCUCCAACGAAAAAGAAACCCAGCAAACAUAAAAACAGCGACAAGAAGAAGCAUUCGGAUCAUGUGCAUAGCAGUUCCGUGGAACCAUUGCCUGUGGUGCAAAUAACCUCCCAAUAUUUGCCCAUGCCAAUGGAUACUACCGAAAAUUCGGGAGAUGAAGUGAUUUUCAUGACAGCCAGUAAAACACCCGACCUGGAAUCAGUAAACACCAAACAUUCCAAACUGAGGACAUCCUCUGCAGCGUCGCCGUCCUCCUCUGUAUAUACGCCAACACCGUCAUCGUCGCAAAUCAAGAGUUCUGCAAUUACAACCAAACCCGUCUCCGCUGAAGAACAGCAAUUGGACCUAAGUUCGAUAAGUUUAUCUUCUAAUUUAGAUCUAAUACCGACCAUAGUUCCUACACCAAUAACCUCUGUUCCCAUAACAACCACUACCACCUCAACUACCACUACUACUACCUCUACUACAACCUCUUCAACCACAACAACCACUACCGAAACUGUACCCACCUCCAAUAAUCAAAAUCAAAUAACAACUCCAACACCGCCGGUGCCUGCGCAUUACCAUCCCAGGCCCGGCAUUGUUUUGGACGAUCCUGAAUUUCAACCAGGUGGCCGACCUCGUCCCCAAAGACCACCUCAGCCCCAACUUCCACAUAAUCCAGUUCAACCACUGAAUAUUCAGCCGACCAAACACCAACUCCCUCCGGGAUAUGGUGAAAUAUUCGAUGUCACUUUAUCGGCCAUUCAGGGCCCCGGCUCCCAGGGUGGUUCGCAACAAACCAUCAACAUCAAACCGUUCGGAAGCUAUGGUUCGGGUGUUGGUGGCGGUGCCGAUAUCAUCGUUUCGGCUUCAGGUGAAGAUGGUUUUGUUUCCAUAGAUGGUAAACGUACUUACAUCAAUCUUUUUGGUGAUCCCACAGAUGCUCCGACCAGUGUACAGCAGCCAAUCCCGGCAACAGCUAUACCUCAACUGCCUAGUUCUCCAAUGGGACCACCGACGGCAUUGUCGUCCUCGUCAUCGCCCGCAACCUCCAAACCAAAUCCAAAUAGUAGUAGUGUCAGCAGUGGUAGUGGUAAUACUCCAGUGACACAAAAGAAUACGCCCAGUGCAGGUUAUGGUGUGGCCGAGACGGAAAUUGUGGAUAUCCAUACGAAUAAACCGCAACAUGUUAAGCCGCAACAAUCGUUGCCCACAACAACAAAUGUUGGUACUACACGGCCCCAUUAUAGACCGAGAACAACACAACCCCCCGUUCGCAUUGACACCUGUAUUGUGGGAGACGACACGACAUGUGAUCAGGCCCAACAUGAGUAUUGUAAAACCGAAAAUGGUGUAUCUAGUUGUCAUUGUCGACCAGGUUAUUCACGUCGUAAACAUCGCGAACCUUGCCGCAGGGUAAUAACAUUCUAUAUUGGCAUGCGAGUGGAUCGAAUCUAUGAACACCGCAUUGUUUGGGAUAAUAAAUUGGCCGAUCGCACCAGUGAACCAUAUGGGCAGUUGAGUUUUGAAUCUGUUAGAGCUAUUGAUUCCGCAAUGUCGAUGACCCCAUAUUCCGAUGAAUUUAUGGAAGCUAAGGUGAACAAUAUAUAUCGUGAUCCCAAUCUUGGUGGCAGUGGAGUAUUUGUAAAUCUAACCAUAAAGCUUGACGAAAGUGUUGAAACCCUAAGACCCAAUCUACGCAGUGAUGUGCAGAAACAUUUAUUGGGUGUUCUGCAUCGUCGCAACAACAAUAUUGGUAAUUCGGUACUAUUUGUUAGUUCUCCCGAAGGUGCCAUAUCCCCGCUACGUGAUUUAGACGAAUGUCAGGCGAGAGAUCUUAACGAUUGCCAUCCGACUGCCACCUGCACCAACACGUGGGGCAGUUACCGUUGUACAUGUCCUGAGGGUACCAAAGAUUUGUGGUCUGAUCAACCGUAUAGAUCAGGUCGUGAAUGUCAGACAUGUCCCGAAACAUAUUGCAAUAGUCGUGGUGUUUGUAGCUACAACGAAGAAGGCAAUCAAAUAUGUACCUGUGAUGGCAGUCAUUACGGCGGUCAAUGUGAAAUUGAUGGUGAAGUUUUAGGCGUGGCCAUAGGUGCUUCUGUGCUGGCUGUAAUUAUUAUCGUGCUGACAUUGGUGUGUUUGAUUAUGUGGUCCAGAAGAUGGCAGAGGGAGCAGAAGAAUGCAAUUGGAUCUCCGGUAUUUGGUUAUAUGAAUACGGCACCAUUAAAAUCGGCAGCAUUGCCGCAACCGGGUUAUCAAGUUACUUUGGAGGAUCGCAUGCGUUGGGCUCAAAUUGCCGAUGUUAUGGCUCAGACCAAUCACUAUGGAGUAAGAUGCAUAGAUAAUUAUUACAGCAGAAUCUAACAAUUUGUCGUUUGUUUAUUUUUGUUGCAGGCCGAGCCAAUUGGUGGACCGACGAGACCCUCAUCGGCUAUGUUUGCAUAUCCCAAUUUACAGACUCUGGGUAUGGGUACAUUGGGUGGUAUGUCAAUGCAAAGCACCAUGCAACAAAUGCAUCAUCAACAGAACAACACUUUGGCUCCACCGGUUCCAUUGCCACGGUAUGAGUGCGUAUUGAAUUGGGAACGACCUCAGAAUCGGUUAGCUAAUUAGAAUUUCUUCAGAAGACUGGGACUCAGUUCACGUUCGAAUGGUAUGCGAACCUUGGAUAACUCUAGCUCAAGUGAGGAGGAAGAUCGCACAGAUUUGUUGGGUAGGAACUUCCAGGUGCCACGUCCUAAAUCGCGUAGUAAUGGCAGUAUAGCGAAUCAAUCUGGAAUUUACUAUGAUGUCGAUUACGAGCCAUCGGCCAAUGGCAUCGGCAGUACAAGUGUCGAUCGUUUAUAUGGCUCUCAGAAUCAAUCAACAACACACUCACAUGUGGGCAGCAGUCACAUACCCGGUCCACAGGGGAUACCAAUGAGUACCUACACCUCGGGCCGAGCGCCCAGUAGUUACUACAUGAAGUAAAGCGGAAACACACACAAAAACAAAAAACAUAAUAAAA